AUGAAACACGCACACCUCCUUGGUGGAUCACCCGCAAAACCCGAACCACCUAAUCUCCGAGACCUUUCAGAGCUCCAUCUCAAAUGUCUUUUUUCUUUUUGCCCCUUGAACCACCUUCCCCUUCGGACGAUUUCGUCAGAUAUAAACCCUCCUCUUUUUGUCCAGCCUUUUAUUCAGCCCAUCUUCCCGCGAUGA